UUGAUUGCCGUGGUGACGGAUGGAAACUGUUGCCUCCACAGAUGGCUAUCGCUCGUACCAGGCAGAAGCUCACGACAUCAUCAGUACUGUGAUAGAAAACGCAAUUGGUAGAUACGAAAAGGUGCUAGAGGUCGAGAGAGCGGCACAAAAUGGUAAAGAUGGCGACACUGAGGAGUCUGAAAGCAGAAAAGGCGAGAAGAAGGCGAUCGACGACGCCCAGAGCAAUUUAGAGACGUCGUUGCAGCAGGUUGAAUCGGUCGACGGAAUUCCCAACAUUGUGUGGCCAUGUAGUCAAGAAUUUUCGAAGGCAAAUGGCUUGGAAGCGAUAGAGAAGUUUAUUGAGACAUGGGAGCGUGAUCAGAGCUGGAAGUAUUGUAUUGACUUUCUUCGUCAAGAUUGUGAGAAGUAUCAUUAUCGUGUUAUGUGGAGUGUUCCAUCCAGGCGUAAACCAAUACCGCGAGCAACCGGGAACGUGUACUUUACCAUUUAUGUACAUCCUAAUUCGGAACAGCCCGUGAGCGUUUAUUACGUAUUCGAGACACAGAAACUUGUCCAUAGGCCUGGCCAUUCAAGAUUUACACAGAAGUGGCUGAAAGACAUUAUUGAGAGUAAAAUAUUGACAAUAGAAGGUAUUGGUGUCUGAUCAGCAACUUUGUCGUGCACAUUUACCGUUAUAAAUCAUCAGCAAUAUCAAUUUUAUGUAGCCCCAUAGAAUUUUCAGGGUACCAUUUUUACUGAUGCUCCUAUGUACUGUACUGGUAAAAGGAGAGCAAAAGUAUAAGUCGAUGUCAAUGAAGUGUUUUGUGGUUUUCUCUCAGAUUCAAAACUAAUUAAUAAUGGACACUAUAUAUUAUUACUUCAGUGCUUUGUGUAUGGUUGCAAACUGUAUGGAAAUUGGUAUGGAGAUUUGGA